AUGAGUGACAUCUACCUCCUGGAGCCACACGCAAAUGGCAAAGUCAUCCUCCACACAACAUACGGCGACAUCUCUAUAGAGCUCUGGCCCAAGGAAGCCCCCAAAGCCUGCAGGAACUUUGUCCAACUCUGUAUGGAGGGAUACUACAACGACACCAUCUUCCAUCGUAUCGUCGCAAACUUCAUUAUCCAGGGUGGAGACCCAGAGGGGACAGGCAUGGGAGGGGAGUCUGUUUAUGAAGGUGGCAAGCCGUUUGCGGACGAGUUUCAUUCUCGUUUGCGGUUUGUCCGCCGUGGAUUGGUGGCGAUGGCGAAUUCGGGCGUGCCGAAUGAUAAUAGGAGCCAGUUUUUUAUUACUUUGGAUGCGACCAUGGAGCUCCAGAACAAGCACACCAUCUUUGGCAAGAUCGCGGGAGAUACAAUCUUCAAUGUGCUCAAGAUUGGAAGCCUGGAAGUGGACGCGGACGAACGACCCCUGUACCCACCCAAGGUUACCAGCUGCACCAUCGUAGUCAACCCCUUCGACGAUAUCAUCCCCAGAAUGUCUCGGCAGGAGCAGGAAGCAUUGCGACUCAAGGAACUGGAAGCACAGAAGAAGCCCGAGAAGCAGAAAAAGCUGAAAAAGAAUGUGGCGCUGUUGUCGUUUGCGGAUGAUGAGCCAGAUAUGACCAUGGACGAGGACAACAGCAACCAGGAGGACACCAAGCGGAAAAAGAAGAUGCUCAGUAGUCACGACCUCCUGGAGGAUGAUCCCACACUCAGUCGGGAUACCGACCACAAACUGGUUUCUGAGAUUCGCGACGGCAACGGCGGCGGCUCUUCUUCGUCAAAGCGGAAGGCGUCAAACGAGGACAAGGGUAAGGAAGGACAGGGACAGGAUCCCAUGGAUGCAGAUGACGAUACCAACGAGAGUCUGAACGCGUUUGAGCAGAGGAUGCGGGAUCAGGUUCGAGAGAAGCUAAAGAAGGCUAGGUUGGCAAAGGAGUCAUCCACGUCGACCUCGGCGAAUGUCGAGUCCAAGACCGAAUCUUCACCAUCAUCGACACCCAACACACCAGCAGCAGCAGCAGUAGUACCUGAGCCGCCAACACCAGCAGAACCAACUCUUUCAGCAGGAGAUAAAGUUCGUCAAGAAAUCCAAAAGCUGGAAGGCGACAUCCGCAAGAUGCACAGCCGAGGCUCAGACAGAGAAGCCGCUGAGGCAGCCAAGAAGAAGCCCAAGAUCUCCCUCUUGCAGUUGGAACGAGAGCAGUACAAGACCCGGGCUGAGAGCAAAGGAGGCGACAGCAGGAAGAAAUCCAAGGCCGCCAUGAAUGCCGAGAAGGAACGGGAGUUGCUCGGCAAAUUGUCGGCAUUCGAGACCAAGGUCUUUGCCAUGGCGCGUGAACCAGAACCCAAUCCGGCACCCAAGAAGAACGACGCCCCUCCCUGCGAGAUCCAUGGUAUCCCGUCUUGCGAGUCAUGUCAGAAUACCAUCGCCACCAAAUCCAAGAAGGCAAAACUGCUGGAAGCGGGUCACAGCGACGACGAACCGGUGCCAGAGGACGAUUCGGACGAUGAUAUCGGGUGGAUGCAACACAAGCUGGUAUUUGAGAAGGAUCUGAAGGGCAAAGAUGUCUCGCUGGCUUCGAAACGGGACGACGCGAACGAGUAUAUUGUCAUUGAUCCACUCAACAAGGCCGCCUCCACUACUGCGGCAUUGGCUGUUGAGAAGCAACGGAAUCUGGAAAAGUUUAAGCGCACACAUCAACAACAGGAUAGCGGAAGGGAUCGGAAACCCUAUAGUGGCAGUGGUGGGGGUGCUUCGUAUGAUCGCUCAUCCAAGGAUUCUUCGUCAUCUUAUCAAAGACGCGACGAGCAGGGCCGAUCUGGGUACAGCCGAGAUACUCGGGAAAGUCGCGAUACCCGAGAUAGCCGUGACAGCCGUGAUGGUGACAGAGGUCAUAGAGACAGCAGAGACAGCAAGGAUAGUCGCAAUCGGCGGGAUCAUCGCGAUAGUAGAGAUAGUAAGGACAGCCGGGAUCGUCGUUGGUGA